AUGUCGUACGCCCACCUCGGGCCACCGGCCGUCUUUAACGGCACCAACGAUGAGAUUGGCGGUGAUUCCAGAUCCGAAAACCUCAACCAAUGGUACCAAUCCGGCGACCAAGCCUUCAUCAUCAUCUCCUCAUGCCUCGUCCUCCUCAUGGUCCCCGGCAUCGCCUUCCUCUACUCCGGCCUCGCGCGAAGAAAGUCCGCCCUCUCCAUGCUCUGGGUCGUCAUGAUGUCCUUUAGCGUCAUCGUAUUCCAGUGGUACUUCUGGGGCUACUCGCUCGCAUUUGGCCAGACCUCCAACAACGGCUUCAUCGGCGAUCUCAAGCACUUUGGGCUCAUCAACGUCUGGGCCACGCCCUCUGUCGGAUCGCCUCUCAUCCCCGCCCUCCUCUUCUCCUUCUACGAGAUGAUGUUUUGCGCCGUCACGGCCGCCCUCACCGUCGGGGCGGUCGCCGAGCGAGGUCGUGUGAUUCCCGGCAUGGUCUUCACCUUCUUCUGGGCGACGCUGGUGUACUGCCCUCUUGCGUACUGGGUCUGGAACGCCAACGGCUGGGGUUUCAAGAAUGGCGUGCUGGACUACGCGGGCGGUGUUCCUGUCGAGAUUGGCUCGGGUGUGUCUGCGCUGGCGUAUUCUUGGGUCUUGGGCCGUCGCAACGAGAAGAUGAUGAUGAACUUUCGCCCGCAUAACAUCUCGCUGAUUACGCUGGGCACCAUGUUUCUCUGGUUUGGGUGGCUCGGAUUCAACGGCGGCUCUGCGUUUGGUGCUAACCUGCGUGCCGUCAUGGCCUGCUGGAACUCGUGUCUGACGGCCAUGUUCGCCGCCAUGACCUGGUGUCUGCUUGACUUUAGGCUGGCCAAGAAGUGGUCCAUGGUGGGUUGGUGCUCCGGCACAAUCUCUGGUCUUGUUGCUGCUACGCCUGCUUCUGGAUUCAUCGAUCCCUGGGCGAGUAUUGCCCUGGGUGUUGUUGCGGGUGUGUGCUGCAACUUUGGCACAAAGGUCAAGUUCCUUGUCCGUAUCGACGACUCCCUCGACGUCUUUGCCGAACACGGCAUCGGCGGCAUGGUCGGCCUCAUCUUCAACGCCUUCUUCGCAACCGGCAAAGUCAUUGGCCUCGAUGGCGUCAACACCGGUGCCAAGGGCGGCUUCAUCGACGGCAACUACAAGCUCCUCGGGUGGCAGAUCGCUGCUAUUGUCGCCGCCUCCGCAUAUGCCUUUGUCAUGUCCGCCAUCAUCGCCAAGAUCAUCGACGUCAUUCCCGGCCUCAAGCUUCGCGCCUCAGAGGAGGCAGAGCUGCUGGGCAUGGACGACGACCAGCACGGUGAAUUCUCAUACGACUACGUCGAGGUCCGUCGUGAUUUCUUGGCCUGGAGCCCUCCCAGCGGGGAGCCCGCUCACGACGGUGAAAUGAUUGAGCCGCAGCAUGGUAUCCAGGAGCAUGCCAGCAUGGUUCGACCGAUGAGUGUGUCUGAUGGUCCUGUGGAGAAGAAGUCGUCCACUUCGUCUGUGCAGGAUGAGAGGGAAACUCGGACGCCGUCGGUGACUGAAAAGCAGGAUUAG